AACAAAACAAAGUUAUACCAGAGACUCCGAUACAUAAAUCCUGGAUAGAGACAGAAAACAAUUGUGUUUUUGUCUCGUGUGCUUGGAACUCUUGAAAUACCCGGAAGUACAUAAUAUGAGCAAAGUUGGCAGGAAUGUAGUGCUGUUAGUUUGGUGUCAGGGAAUGUGAGCUGUCUGUGUGAUGUAUUAUCAGGUCUGAAAAAUGAAAGUGGUCCUACUAAUCUUCAUGGUCCUGAUCGCACCUUCCUGGAAUUUCCAAGAUGAUGAUGAAUGGAUUGAUCCAACAGACAUGCUUAACUAUGAUGCCGCCUCAGGAAAAAUGGUGAAUCGACCACAGGGCUCUACAGAGCAGACUUCUGUAAAAAGUGUCUCUUCGAGAAAUGUGCAGACUGACUGCCAAUCCCAAGUGAAGGAAUAUGUGGAAAGAUUUGAAAAUCUGAAAGUUCAGAUGGAGGAAUACAAAAAGAAAGCUCAAGAAAAAGGUUCUCAGUGCGGUAGUAACCCUAUUUUCAGACGAUACCUGCUAAAGAUUUUGGGUGAGGUUCGGCAGUUGGGUUUGCCAGAUGAGGCAAACCCAGAGGUCCAUUAUGAUGCAGAAGUGUUCUUAACAAGGCAUAUGUUCGCAGAGAUUGAGAAGUUCCUUAAUGACGCUGACUGGAGCGUUGGGGCUUUGGAUGAGGCAUUGAGUAGGACCCUGGUUAACUUCAAGCCUCACAAUGAGGAAGAAUGGAGGUGGGAAUUUGAGGAUUACGUUGGUGUGGACGCAUUCACUCUUUUCAUGAUUCUUCUGUGUUUGCUGUGUGUAGUUUCAAUGAUAGCUACGGAGCUGUGGACACACAUAGGAUGGUAUACACAGAUCAAGCGAAUCUGUAUUCUGAGCAUUAUAAUCAGCUUUGGAUGGAACUGGCUGUACUUGUAUAAGGUGGCGUUUGCUGAACGGCAGGCUGAAAUGGCAAAGAUGAAAACGUAUGACGACAACUGUAGAGAGAAGACCAACUGGGUUGAAGGCCUGUUUGAUUGGAUGAAGUCCUCUAUCACCUUUAAAAACGAUCCUUGCGAAGAAUACUACAAAGCCCUCCUUAUAAAUCCAGCAUUGAUGGUCCCACCAACUAAAGCACUAGCCCUAACGUUUACAAACUUUGUAACUGAACCAUUAAAGCACAUCGGGAAAGGACUUGGGGAGUUCAUUAGUUCUUUGCUUUCAGAAAUCCCAGUCCUUUUGCAAAUUCCAGUCCUGAUUUUUAUGGCAAUUGCUCUAAUGGCUUUAUGUUAUGGGACCGGCUCUUCAAUAGGACAAAUUAAUAGGGUUCGUUAUCUACCUGGUCCUGAUCAAGGCAGGUAUCACGCCGUGGAGCACCAGAUGCCCAAUCCUCCACUACCUGCCCAAGAGCGAAAUCAGGAAAGAUAUCUCCCCCCACCGCAGUGGAGGGAAAGAAAUCACAUGCAUGUGCAGUUUCUUCAGGCACCAGAAAAUCUGGAACCGAUCGAUACCAUAGAUAGUAGAGCCAUGCCUCUAUUCUCAAAGGAAAAAAAAACAAAUGAAGAAACUGAAAGUAAAAUGUCAGAUUAUGAGAAACAACCAAGAGAAGGGAGCAAUUCUACUGCCAGAGAAUGUGUAUCAGAAAUAAGCACAGCACCAGUUGUGGAGUCUCUGAAGGCCACGAGCAAAAAUUCUGUUUCUCUUCCUAAGGAAAUGGAUUCUAUAGAGGAAUCUAAGGGAAACGGAGCAGAUAUUCAGUCAAAUGUUGCAUUAAAUGGAUCACCACGUACCCCUGAGACUAAACCAACCAUAUGCAGUCCUGUGAUUUCAACAUCAGACACAGAGAGCCCAAAUGUGGAGACUCUUGCAUGUAAUAUCAGAAUACACAAAAAAAUUGAAGACGGUAAUCCCGAAGGGAAGUGUGGAAUGCAUGAGGUGAAAUGCAAAAUGGCCACCAUGCAAUGAGAAUCCGGAGCGAGACCUGGAACGAAUAGGUGGAACACAAAAUGGCCACUGCGACCACUGAGAGGAGCUGCGACAAGUAGUAAUGAACGAAAA